UUUGCUCGACGUACUCGAACUCCUGCAGCAAAAAAAUUAUUGGCAACAUAAAAAUAAAAGAAUACCUACCGAACACAUGACCUAAAUACUCGCAAAUUGACCAAUGGGCACAUUCGACAAAAAGCGAGGCUACAGAUCGCGAAUAUUACUCAUUUUUUGGAAUCCUUUCGAGUAAACUCGGCGUACUUUCUUGAGAUAGUUUCUUCUUUCGAAUUAAUCGCCGGUUUUCGUUCAAUAAUUAAGUUUUGUUUUUUAUUCGAUUCGCGUGGUUUUGUUUUUGUGCGUGAACUAAUUCCACUUAGCCGUUUCGAUAUGAAUUUCAUACAGAUAUCAGCUUGCAUCUCGGUGAUUAUUAUUUUGUUAAGCUACAUUCGUAAACUCAAAAACAGAAGGUUCUACAAAUUACUCGAACAGUUCCCUUCACAUCCCUCGUAUCCAUUGAUCGGAAAUGCGCACAUGUUGUUUGGAUCUGUGGACGAUAUACUUCCAAAAUUUGAAAAAAUUAUGAAGCUCAACGAUCGCGUAGUACACUGGUUCGGCCUUAUACCGUGUUUAUUUUUGAAAAAACAUGAAGAUAUCGCUAUGACAUUCAACCUAAGUUCGGAUCGUGACUUACUUGGAACACCAGAUGAUUGGCUCGGUGUAGGAAUAUUAACUGCCAAAUAUGAAGAAUGGAAGCUAUCCAGAAAAAUGUUUUCACCAGCUUUCAGCUCGAGUAUGCUUUUGAAAUAUGCGGAAGUCUUCGAGAAACAUUCUCUAGAACUUGUUAAAAAUUUGAAAGCGGCAGCAAACAGUGGUGAAGAAAUUAAUGUUUGGAACUGCUGCACAAAAUUCACUGUGGAAACAAUUAUGGGAACUCUAUUUGAUGAUUCAAUUGAAAGGGGUGGAAAAAUGAGAGAGGAUUUUUGCAUUGCAGUGCAUGAUUCCAUCCCGUGCGUAAUAACACGUUUCCAGUAUCCUUGGCUAAUUUCACAUCAUUUAAAUAGGAUCUAUUUGCACAUAACACGCAAAAUUAAUCUCAUUCACAACAUACAGACUUAUCCAACAACGGUAUUGAAAAGAACCAUCAAGGAUUUCCAGAAUCUACGACGUCAAAGUAUUACACCUGAUGAUGUCGAUAGUGUCGGCACAUCCAAAACAAUGAUCGACUUUCUGGUACGGUAUAAGUUUAAAAAUCCCAGCAGCUUCACGGAAUCACGUAUAAGAGAUGAAUUAUUGCACAUUAUGGCAGCGGCAACCGAAACGUCAUCAUUGAGCUUAAGCUUUGCACUGUUGAUGUUGGCACUCCAUCAAGAUGUUCAGAAAAAAGCAUACGACGAGGUUUCCAAAUUCGAAACUGAUGAUGGCACAUUCACUCCGAACGAUGUCAUAAAUAAUAUGCCAUAUUUGGAACAAUGCGUCAAAGAAACAUUACGACUGUAUAAUCCAGUAGCAUUAAUGACCAGACGUAUCCAUAAGGAUAUUAAGUUGAACGAUAAUGCGAUAAUUCCUGCAAAUACACUAGUGUUGGGUUUGACACAAUUUGCAAAUUGGGAUCCUGAUUUGUACAAAAAUCCGGAGAAAUUCGAUCCCGAGAACUACAGCAUGGAAGCGGAAGAAGCACGACCUAAAACAAGUCGACUGAGCUUCGGACAUGGACCAAGAUCCUGCAUAGGUGCCAAGUACGCGAUGUUAUCCAUCAAAAUGGUAAUUGCUCUCAUUUUACGUAAAUAUCAUUUAUCAACCAGUGUCAAGGAGUUCACAAAAGAACAUAUAAAAAUGGAUCUCAGCAUCAGAAGUAAAAUCGGCUAUCCUAUCAAAUUUACGAGCAGGAAAGAAGUUCAUUAAUCAUGGAAAAGAAUUGAUCGAUAAUUUCUGUAAUACAGCUUAUUGGUAUUUGUAAAUCUUCCAUUUAUAAGUAUAUUUUGUUGAUAUAAGUAUAAUUUCACAUUAA